ACCGACGCAUUUCUGCAGGAAAAUGAAAUUACAGUACAAACUUAUUUAUUUUUUAAUGAUUGUUGUGAUCACUGGGUGGGUGUUCUGCCUGUGUUCUGGUCAUCCGCCUGCCUUGCAUCUGCGCCUCCAUUGCAUUGAAAUGUGCAGUAAGUGACGGGCUUUCUUUCAUUCAUUAAGCAGCAUUCCCCGCGUCUCCUGCAACCCUUCCCCCAUUUUACAGCCCAGCAAUAUUUGGAAAAGAAAUGGACGACUUCCCCGCUAAAACGGAUCACACGGAGAGUGGGCGUGUUUGUUUCACGUCGUGUCACACAAAUGGAAUGAAACAUUAAAAAAAGAGACGCAACAAGCGAUGAAGGGGGCAAAAAUACCGAAUUAACUCCACGGACUAUUUUUGUGAGAGGAAACCGAGCCGCAAAAUAAUGUCCCUCUGAGAAUCCUUCCGCGGGAACUAGCUAACUGGAUCGGUUUAUGUUAAUCCGCAACUAGUUGAUAAUUAGUUGAUAAAACGUCUUAAUAGAUGGCGUGUAGCUGCAAGGUAACAGUCAUGCUGCCGCAAUGUGUGCUGUCCUUUGCAGGCUGCCAUUUUUUCCUCCUCUCGACAGAGGCGGGCGCGAGGCACGCUGGGGAUAUGCUUCCGCGCGGGGCUUGCGCUUUUUCCUUUGAGGGGGAGGGUGAUUGAACCAACCGCCCCAUCAUAUGCCGAUACUAAUACAUAUAAAAUCAAUUAAGCGGAAGUUGAGUCUAUAAGGAUAAAAAGUAGGAGUUUAGGGGCUCGAGAAAAGCGUGUUUUGAGGGGGUAAACACGGGGGACUAGCUGACGCUUGGCGGAGCGAUUUCAGAGCGGGCCGGGACUACGUGCGCGCGAGGCUGAAUGGAGGCAGCCUCUUCCUGGUGGAUAAACAGUGACAGCUACAGGGCAGCCACCGAGACCCAGCACGCAGGCUCCGGCGCUGCCCUGCCGAACAACACCAAAAUGGCUUCAGACAGUACACACAUCGCGCAGUUGACUUCUGAACUCUACUUCCUAAUAGCCCGGUUUCUAGAAGCUGGACCGUGUCAGAAAGCGGCCGAGACCCUGAUCAGGGAGGUGGAGGAGAAGGAGCUGCUGCCCAGAAGGCUGGACUGGGCAGGACAGGAACACCCCGGCACCUACGACAAUUUGGUGAAGCUCUACAGACACAUCGCCGCGGAUCACCUGCUGCAGGUGUGCUGCAGAGUAUGUCCGCUGCUGGAGAAGGAGGUCCCAGCCAGCGUCCCGGGCCUCACCAGCCUGCUGGGAGCCGGCCGACAGUACCUGCUCCGCACCAGCAAGAGUUGCAAACACGUCAUAUGGAAGGGUUCGGCGCUGGCGGCGCUGCACUGCGGAAGGCCACCGGAGCCCCCCGUUAUUUAUGGGAGCCCGCCUAAUAUUGUGGAGACGAGCUUCAGCCGGGGGCUGAACGGCUCCUACCGUCUGCGGCAGCUGGUGCCCACCGCCGUGUACCAACACAUGAAGAUGCACAAGAGGAUCCUGGGACAUCUGUCGUCCGUGUACUGCGUCACCUUCGACCGGACGGGGCGCCGCAUCUUCACCGGCUCCGACGACUGCCUGGUAAAGAUCUGGGGAACGGACGACGGCCGUCUGCUGGCGACCCUCCGCGGUCACGCGGCAGAGAUCUCCGACAUGACCGUGAGCUACGAGAACACCAUGAUCGCCGCCGGCUCCUGUGACAAAACCAUCCGAGUGUGGUGCCUACAAACCUGCGCCCCUCUGGCGGUGUUGGAAGGUCACGCCGCCUCCAUCACGUCGCUGCAGUUUUCUCCUCUCUGCAGCGGCUCCAAACGCUACCUGUCCUCCACCGGCGCCGACGGCACCAUCUGCUUCUGGCAGUGGGACGCUCGCUCGCUCAAAUUUGGCCAGAGGCCCAGUAAGUUCACGGAGCGCUCCAGACCCGGCGUCCAGAUGAUCUGCUCCUCCUUCAGUGCAGGGGGAAUGUUUCUGGCUACCGGAAGCACCGACCACAUCAUUCGGGUUUACUAUUUUGGAUCGGGUCAACCAGAGAAGAUCUCUGAACUGGAGUCCCACACCGACAAGGUUGACAGCAUCCAGUUUUCACACUGCAGCGAUCGGUUUGUGAGCGGCAGCAGAGACGGAACGGCUCGGAUCUGGCAGCUGCAGCCUCAGGGCUGGAAGAGCAUCCUGCUGGACAUGCAGACCAAACUACCCGGGAAGUACAAUCCUCCUCCUCUGGAAGACAAAGUCACCAAGCUGAAGGUCACCAUGGUGGCGUGGGAUCGCAACGACGGCACGGUGAUCACAGCAGCCAACAACCUGACGCUGAAGGUGUGGAACUCCAUCACCGGGAACCUGGUCCACGUCCUGAUGGGUCACGAGGAUGAGGUGUUUGUCCUGGAGCCGCAUCCUUUUGAUCCCAGGAUCCUGUUCUCAGCCGGGCAUGAUGGGAAUUGCAUUGUGUGGGAUCUGGCCCGAGGAGCCAAAAUCCGCUCCUAUUUCAACAUGAUCGAGGGUCAAGGUCACGGAGCUCUGUUCGACUGCAAAUGUAGUCCGGACGGGCAGCACUUCGCCGCCACCGACUCCCACGGUCACCUGCUCAUCUUCGGCUUCGGCUCCAGCAGCAAGUACGAUAAGAUAGCGGACCAGAUGUUCUUCCACACCGACUACCGCCCGCUUAUCCGCGACGCCAACAACUACGUGCUGGACGAGCAGACGCAGCAGGCCCCGCACCUGAUGCCGCCGCCCUUCCUGGUGGACGUGGACGGGAACCCCCACCCCCCCAGGUAUCAGCGGCUGGUGCCCGGCAGGGAGGGCUGCAGGGACGAGCAGCUGAUUCCUCAGAUGGGAGUCACUUCCUCCGGUCUGAACCAGGUGGUGAGCGAGCAGGCGGUGGACGGCCCCAGUCCUCUGGACACCAUGAUCCAGCGGCUGCAGCAGGAGCAGGACCAGAGGCGGGGCAUGAACGACGCGUCUGCUGCAGCGUCUGCAACCACCAACCGGGCCGGCAGAGGAUCAGUGGGAUCUCCCACGGAGGUUCACUCCCCGCCAAACGUGGGUCUGCGCCGCAGCGGUCAGAUCGAGGGCGUCCGGCAGAUGCACAGCAACGCCCCUCGCAGCCAGAUGGCCACAGAGGGGGACCUGGUGGCCUGGAGCCGCCGGGUGCUGGUCCCUGAGCUGGAGGACGCCCUGAUCAGGAGGCAGGUGAACUGGCGUGAGGCUAAAGGGGAGGAGGAGAUCAAUGUUUAUCAGUCGGAACGGAGGAGACGCACCAUCCACUCCCUCCCCAAGGAGAGCAGAGUUCACCCGACGUCAGAGUGCGUCGUGGACGAGGCCAGAAGGAGCCAGGGGAACCACGGCUAUCAGACCCGAGCUGCCGCCGAGGAGACGAGCCGCCAGAGCGCCGAGGCGGUGGACGAUGACGACAGCGCCUCGGAGGUACAGACGGUCAUGGGAGACGUGGAGGUGCGGCAAGUCAACGGUCACUCCUCAGAGGAGGAGAAGGAGGAGGAGGAGAAGGAGCCCUGGCCAGACGACCACAGCAGUUCAAGCGACUACUCCAGCGAUUACUCCGACUGGACGGCAGACGCAGGGAUCAACCUGGAGCCGCCCAAGAAGAGCGUGAAGGUGAAGAAGAAGAGCAGCGGCUCCGAGGAGGAUGGAGAGAAGAAGAGGGAGGGGAAGAAGGAGAAAAAGAAGGACAAAACAGACAAAGACAGCGCCAUACCAAAGAAGAAGCAGCCAAAGGAGAAGAGGAAGAGGGCGGAGCUUCAGGAACAAGGGCUGACUCUGGAGGAGUGGCUUCCCUCCGCUUGGAUCACAGACACGGAGCCGCGGAGGUGUCCGUACAUCCCCCAGAUGGGAGAUGAGGUGUACUACUUCCGGCAGGGCCACGAGGCCUACGUGGAAAUGGCCAAACAGAAAAAAAUUUACAGCAUCAAUCCUAAGAAACAACCGUGGCAUAAGAUGGAGCUGCGGGAGCAGGAGCUGAUGAAGAUCGUCGGCAUCAAAUACGAGGUGGGUCUGCCCACGCUGUGCUGUCUGAAGUUGGCGUUUCUGGAUCCGGACACCGGGAGGCUCACCGGAGGAUCCUUCUCUAUGAAGUACCACGACAUGCCCGAUGUCAUCGACUUCCUGGUGUUGCGGCAGCAGUUUGACAACACCAAGAGGAGGCAGUGGAGCAUCGGCGACAGGUUUCGGUCGGUGAUCGAUGACGCCUGGUGGUUCGGGACCAUCGAGAGCCAGGAGCCUUACCAGACCCAGUAUCCAGACAGCUUGUUCCAGAGCUACAAUGUCUGCUGGGAUAACGGAGACACGGAAAAGAUGAGUCCGUGGGACAUGGAGCCCAUCCCCGAUGAUGCACCCCCUGCAGCCACGUUCCCAGACGAGCUGGGCACCAGCGUCCCGCUGACGGAGGAGGAGCAGAAGGACCUGCUGUACGUCCCGCUGGAGGGGGAGUGGGGCUGCCGGACGCGGGAAGACGAGUGCGAGCGCAUCAUCAAGGCCAUCGACCAGCUCUGCACUCUGGACGUGGCGGCACCGUUCGCUUUUCCAGUGGACCUCCAGGCGUACCCGACCUACUGCACCGUCGUGGCUUACAUCACCGACCUCAGCACCAUCCGCAGUCGGCUGGUCAACCGCUUCUACAGACGAAUCUCCUCGCUGAUGUGGGAGGUCCGGUACAUAGAACACAACGCCCAGACGUUCAACGAACCGGGAUCCUUUAUCGUCACCACCGCCAAGUUUGUCUCAGACCUCAUGUUGGCGUUCAUCAAGGACCAAAACCUGACGGACCUCAUGCCUCUGUACAAAACCAUGAAGAAGGCCACCUUCUCAGACUCUGAAGAUGAGGACGAUGAAGAUGAGGAUGAGGAUAUCAAUACUCCAGGAACAUCGACUAGAAAUCACAAGAGCCGUGGACCUUUGCAGCGGCAGCUGAGAACGCGCCCGCCCUCGUACGACCCUCACGCCUGGAAGGGGCGCUGCAAAGAGCUGCUGGACCUCAUUUUUCAGUGUGAAGACUCUGAACCGUUCAGAGAACCGGUGGAUCUGCAGGAGUACCCGGACUACCUGCAAAUCGUGGACUCCCCCAUGGACUUUGGCACCGUUCUUAGUAAUCUGACAGAGGGGAAGUACAAGUCUCCCAUUGAACUCUGCAAAGACGUGCGGCUCAUUUUUAGUAAUUCCAAAGCUUACACUCCCAGCAAGAAGUCCCGGAUUUACAGCAUGAGUCUGAGGCUUUCUGCCCUGUUUGAGGAGCACGUCAGCUCCAUCCUGGAUGACUAUAAAGCCAUUCACGGUUUGACCAACAGACUGACCCGACAGGGCUCGGACAAACAGAGGCGACACGCCGCGGACAGACAAACGCGGCACGCCAUGAAGAGGAGGAGGAGGCGGAGCGACUCCCCAACCAGCAGCAAUGCAUCCAGUCCAGAGAGGAAAAGACGUGUAUCGUCCCGUGUGAAUGGAAAGAGAGAGCCGACGCCGCCUCCGCCACGGCCGCCGUUCCUGAGGCAGAGCGUCACUCCCAAACAGCCGCCCCAGCUGGUCAACGGGAAAGCAGAGGCGGGAACUCCAGGGCGGACUCGGAGCGCUGCGCGGCAUUUAUCACACUCCUCGCCUUCAUCAGAAAACAUCACAAACAGCACCCCGAACCCACCAGAGUCGUCUCGUUUGCUGCGAGCUCAUAACUCCUCCUCAGCGUCUGCACCAACCGCCCCCGAGAAGGUGGCGCCCUCGCCCCCCGCAGAGAGCAGCAGUGGCAGCACCCGUCGGAAACUGCGGACGCCCGUGCGACACACGCCCGCAUCGCCCAGCAGCCCCCCGCCUCAAAGCAAGGUCCAUCUGAACGGCCACAGCAGCCACGUGACUCUUGGCGUUGGCAGAAGGGGGCGCAAGUCCAGGACGGAGUCUCCUGUGAGUCCUCCGGAGAUCCCAGCUCCGGCGAGUCCUUCGAGACCCCGCGGUCGCCCCCCGGGGAAGAAGAGAGGCCGAAAGAGCAAGCAGGAGCUAGAGGAGAUGACGAAGGGCGGCAACCGACGGAGCUCGACUCCUGAUGAGGAGCUCAACCAUUCCACGGGCGACGAAGGAGAAACGUCGCCCGCGCGGGAUACGCCAGCGCCGUCGGAAAGUGGCGCGACGCCAAGAAGACGAGGUCGGCCCCGAGCUGUCAGAACUGAGGAAUCGGCUCCUCCUGCCGAAUCGCCCGAGCCGUCACCGCUGAGGAGAAGCAGCAGGAGAGCCAACGAGGAGGUCACGCCCCCUCAAAGCUCCAAUCAGAAGGAGCCUCCGAAGGAGGAGGCGGGAGAGACGGCAGUAGGGUCCAUGCGCACGCGCAACCAGGGACGGCGGUCGGCGUGGUACAUGGAGGAGGACUCCGAGGAGGAGCAGAGGCAGCUGCUGUUCGAGGACUCCUCGAUAACCUUUGGCACCUCCUCAAAGGGGCGUGUCCGCAAACUGACAGAGAAGGCCAAAGCCAACCUUAUAGGCUGGUAGCGAACGGCUGGCGAGGAGCGGAGCCUCCUCUUUUAGGUGUCGUGUGGAGAGAAGCUGCCAAGAGAAAUGCAGUGGCUGGUCCGGUCCGGUUCUUGACCCCGCCCCCUUACCCAGAAAGCACAUCCAUCGAGGCGCGCUCCUUCCUACAUUAUUGAUCCAUGUUGGAUCCUGCAGGAACGCCGAGCAUGUCGGCGAUGGUGCGGCUCCCUCCUGUUCCGGCGGAGAUGGACCGUCCGUCCGUCAGAGCUCCGCCUCCGUUGGUCCUGCUUCUUUCAUUUUUUACAAAAAAACAAAAAACAAAAACCACACAGCUUUUUCUAAGAUUUGUACGUGUUCUGGAAGUCUUACCCAUCGGCUGCCCCGAGCGUGUCUGUCCGUCUGCGCUACGAUACCAAAUGGUGUACGUUUGUCGGUACUGUAGACUUUGUUUACGUGUUUGUGAGCGAUUUGCAUGAACAAUAGGCGAGAAGAAGCAUCUGUUUUUUUAAUUUCCUUGCCUGAAGGAGGAAACAAGAGGAUGCAUGGGUGAAAGGAGCCGCUGAUCGGUGCGUCCACAACAUUAGCAAUACCUUGUGCCUUUAUGUUAAUAAGUGUGCGUGUGCGGCGCCCUGCUCGGAUGUGACGGAGUGUUUAUAAGUAUCAGAAAGUGUAUUUAUAGCAGCUGGAAAAAACAAUUUGUUGUAAAUUAUUCCCAACCCAAGAUUGAGUCUAUCCCUGAAGGUACAAAACGAUUGGGGCGCGGUUGGGGCGCCAUGGUGGCAAGGUUGGGGCGCACUUCCCAUCAAACCCCUCCACACAGUGCCGUUUUUGGGAGAAACGAUGAAUUUUGAAAAGAAAAAAAAGAGUUUUUUCAAUAGUGGCUAUGUUUUUACAGUACGCACACCUGACUUGCAUGUUCUCGCACUUUCUGAGGUCUGAAGGAAACGUGGAACGGAGAGGAAAUUGGAGUCUUAUACACACCUUCCUGAUUGUGUGCCUUCACUUCUUUUCCCCCUUUUGAACUUCUUCGGUUUAGUUCUGGUUCCAGAGGAUUGGACUUUUUAAAGACUUUAAGGACCCCGCCAUGAUUUUAGAGCCAGUAAAUGUUGCUGGAGAGAACUGGAUGGUAGCAUCUCAGUGGCUAAGCUCAUCUGACUGUGGGAUCAUCGUUGGUGUCGAUCUGCCAAACUCUGUCUGUAGGCACUGAAGUUUUAGAACGCGGCUUUUGAAUGUAUAUUUUCCUUGAAACCUUUUCCAUCGUGAUGUUGUUUCCAUAACGUCUUUCCUGUUUUGGUCUCCUGUCAAAUUAUUAUUUUUUUUAUUGGUAGCUUGAUUUUGUGGAUUUGUGUUUUAUACUCAGCCGCACAUAUUCACCAAACUUGGUUUUAUUAAAUGUAUGUAAAGAGUUUUUAUCCAAAAUGGCCUAAAAUACUGACUUCUUCCCUUUGAGAGUGACCGAAGUGAAAGUACUUUUUAUUAUUUUGGAGUAUCUACCCUUCAGAGAAUAUAUUCUACGGUUCAUGCUACGGUCACAAGUACAAGUGGGAGGCAUCGACAGAAUUUCUGUCUGUCUGUGGCCCAGUUUGAGCAUUAACCAGAGAGGGGGGACAAUAAAAAUAAACUAGAGAA